AUGACAGGUACGCUGUUAAGACUAAAACCACACACUGGGUUGUGUUACUCAUUGCCUGUUUCAUCACAUUUGACUUCUCUUUACAACUCCAGGUCAGUCUAUGCUCAUGUGCUGAGGAAAUAACUCUUUGACAUCUAUUUCACAUGUGUGUGUUUUUAGAUUGCAGGGGUUAGACAGGUAAAUGACCUUCUCUUCCUAGAACUGUCUGUGACACCCGGAGAACUGCACAUCUGGCAAAAACAGCACCAUCAUGAUCUGAUACUACAAAGGUGAAGGUUUGUUAUUCAUUCCCCUGGUUUCAAUAAAUGCCCCUAACCAUCUGUUUGUGGAAUCACUGUGUUGGCCCCAGAUCUGGAAAUGUGUCCAAAAGUGACGCAGCAUGGAGUGUAUCAGCAGUUGAAUCAUCCCCUGCCAUCGUUUCCUGAAAUACUCGUGACUUUCCUUCCAUGUCUCCCAUCCAACUGCCAAUCGGACCUGCCCUGUGUGGCUUGAAAUAUGACUGUAAUUUGGCUGUAGAAAUGCAAGCCAUAAAUCUGAGUUAUGUCCCUCCUGUUGGUUACUCUGACUAAUGUAUAUUAUGCUUGUAGUUAAUAAGGGCUGAGACACACUUCGUUUGCAUCCUUUAUCGCUGCAUGAUGUGAGUGACUCCAGGCAGAUUGCUACAUGAUCCCUGUAUUAUUAUUAUUAUUAUUCAUUUGAUGUCAGAGACGCUACAAGUGGCAUUCACAUUCCAAGUAAAUGUAUACGGCACCUACAAAUUGCUCUAACCCACAAUUCUCUUUGAUUCUCUAUCUCCCUUUCAACCUUCUUGAGCAGUGUCUGCAAGAAAUAUUAUUUUGUAUGGGUGGUAUUCAGCUAAGUUUAGUCACUACUGAAAUGAACGGACCUAACUUAGUUAUGUUCACUAAUUUUAGUUGGUUUACUAAAAUUAGUGAACAUGACUAAGCUAGACCAAUUUAUUUCAAUAGCCAGUAAAAUUUAGUUGAAUACUACUCUAUGUAAUCAUUGUUGAGUAUUGCUUCUCUUCCUUUACUGAUAACAUAGUCCCAAAGUGCGAUUUCAUUUAACAUAAUUGGCCCUAUUUUUGGCUUAGUAAUUAAUAGAAAAUGCUUUGAUCUCUAUACCUUUUGUUAUUAUAUUGAACUAUCCAUAGUCCUUUAAGGAGUAACACAGGGUUUCCCCCACAACGCUCAACCAGUUGCCUCUGAGAGGACCAAAACAGGACAUAGAGACUGUUGUCGUCUCCUGUUGCUUCUUGGCAGCUGGUAUUCAGUGGCAGACUGCCUGGAGGGUACCUACAGCCAUCAUGAUUACAAGCAACAGAUAUACUUAUCAUUUGUUUGUUUGCUUGUUUGUCUGAAGGUGGACUUCUGAAGAACAUUCAGCUUGUAGGCCACUUAGAAAGGGCUUGGAGAAACAGAACAGAGCCCAAAUGCAAAGGAUGUAAGGUAGUCACUUCAAUGUUGCCAAAAAAAGGAGGGCACAGAUGUGCAUAACAUUUGCAUAUAUCAAUUUAUAUGAUAGAUGCCAAUUGUCAUCAUCAUUAAUAUUUAGUAGUUUACAUAGCACUUGCCAAAAUGGUUUCUAAGUGGUUUACCCGUAUAAAACUAAUGAUCAAAAAAUAUGACCACAUAUAAUUAAAGUACACAAUAAAGCAAUUUCACCAAAACAUUAAAAUUAACACCCACAAUUAAAACAUACAAUUAACAAUCCCAUUAAGACAACAUAACAAUUAGAACAGAAAUGAUUGCUGUAAUUUAAAUAGAAACACAUCUCAUCCUAGGGGGAAGACUGAGACCUGUGUUCCUACUCAGCCUGCUGCCCAGUGUUUAUUUGCAACUUCAGGGUCUCCGCUCACUCUCCCUUCUUCUGGUUUUCUAUCUUUAAACUAGACUUGGACUCACAGGACAGUACUUCAAACAGAAGACUCCUUCAAGUUCAAACAGAAGGUCCUCCUCCAAAUGGUGGGGCAUCCUCUAUAAAUGAGGACACGUGAUCACCUGAAGGUGAUCCUUCCUUACACAUUUUAAGGAAGAGGAAGGCAAAACAGGAGUGUCCUUUUUUAGGGGAUUACUCACACCCUCUCGUUAUAGUCUUUUGAUCAUGGCUGUCUCUCUAAACAGAGACGCAAAGCUUGUGUUUCCUUGCCAUGCAAGUCAUGCCUGCUGAAAUGUCCUCUUUUGCACAACCAUUAAUUGUGCACAUUCCCCCCCCCAGCUACUCCCCAGUCAUCCCUCUGGGUAGGGCAGGGUUCCAGACCCAGGUUCUGUGUUUUCUUUUGGAAAUGAGGCACAGUGGAGACUGUGGUGUCUUUAUGAUAUAUGGUUUAUUUACACAUAUAUACAACUAAUCCUACGAUGGAGGGGCUCACAGCAUUAACAUCCAAAAAGGUCUCCUUCUCCCAUAGCCACAGUCUUGGAUUCCAGCUGAAAUCAGGCAUGGCUCUUCCUUGCUUCCAUCUUCUUGCCUGCACACACACAACUCUGGCUUUUGUCUUCCUAACGACCAGACAGUUGAAGGAGAUGGCCCCACCCAUUUGGCCUCUGGCACAGAGCCACUUCCUUUGUUACCUUAAACACCCAUACUUAGAGGGAUAUCACCAAUAAACGUGUCUGGCCAUUACAGCAAUUGAUUCCCUGUUGGAUCCAAGAACUGGAAGGGGCUCGGGCAUACAGCCUACCCUGCACCAACAUACAACAUCUCUAUUUUCUUCCACUCAUGGACCCUUUCUCCAUAUCUUCACCACUACCACCCAACCCAAAGGAUUGCUGGUGGUUUAGAAUCAGGUCUAAGGGGUGAGGUUAAAUGCUUUAUAAUAGGUGGGACAUUUAACUGUUGAAAAACACAAAACAAUGCUGCUUAAUUUCAGAAGAGGCACUGCUGUUUUGCACUGAACUGACAUUUGCUACCGAUUUUGUUCACAUCAAGGUUAGAUUUCCAAGAGCUUGUGUAAACGUGUCACUGUCAGGAUGCUUAGAAUCUGCAGCACAUCUUGCUCCAGGAGGUGCAAAUGGAAAGAGAGAGAAAUUUGUCUCAAGACCAUCUGUCAUAAAGUACCUGCCAAGAACCUGCUGCCCCGGGACAGAGAGCUAGACAGCCCACAUUCUAUCUCCUAUUUAAGGUUUAGUUGCAUCCAGGCUUGAUGUAGAGCCAGGGAGCCCUCUAAAGUAUAUCCAGCUUGUCAAAGAGGAAGGUGCAUGAGUAUGGGUGGGCAUACAGCUGAUGCCAGCAAAGGUUGGCUGCUGUAGACCUGCCGGGUACAAUUAUAUUGUUACAAAAGCACGGUGCCUGCCCGUCUCUCUGCCAAGCGGUGACAAGAGCCCAUGGGGUCAAAGGCACACACAGGGUCUGUGUCCCUUUGGAGAAUAGAAGACACGGAGGAGACUGUCGUGCUUUAAGAAAUAUGGUUUAUUCGCCUAUUUACAUCUUCAGUCCAGAUCUUGCAGCAUGGCCCACAGCAUUGCAGGCAGCCUUCCUGCUCAGCUUCCUCCUCCUCCUUCCCAGAAAACCCCUUGCUUCCAAACUCCCUUUUCCCCUCAAACAUACACCCCAUUACCUUGGUAGCAUCUCACCCCACAGGCUAAAGGAUUCCUCUCCUCAAUGGCCCAUUAUUGUUCCCUUAAUGGCCUUAGCCUGGCCAGGCUGGUUUGCAUAAACCAGGCCAGGAGUUUCCUGAAUUCCCUGCCUGGCACAGUUCUGCACUUUAAUCCAUAUCCCAAUUAAUCAAAAUCCUAAUAUUUCUUCAUUCCUAAAGUUUAGGGGGAUCCUCCCCCUCAGAUCUAUAACAAUAUCUUUGAAAAAUCUCUGUUUCAGAUGCCAAGUCAAAAUCCUAUACAGAACCUGCACAGUUACACAAUAAAUAUGAAAAAGGUAGCAGUAUCUUUUUAGUUUCUUGGGACACUAGAGAGAAAAAUCAGAUGAGUAAACCUUGCACUGCAAUCCUGCACACAUCUACUCAAAAGUAAAUCCUAUGUACGUAAUUCAUCAGAAAUUUAGGUAUGCAUAGUAUUGCAUCCUUAGCCUUUUUCUGUACUUGAAUGAAUCUCACUUUAGCCUGUACUACAAAUGGUAAAUUUGCCUCCCACUACUUAUGAGGUGGGACGUGGGUGGCGCUGUGGGUUAAACCACAGAGCCUAGGACUUGCUGAUCAGAGGGUCGGCAGUGACGGGGUGAGCUCCCAUUGCUCGGUCCCUGCUCCUGCCAACCUAGCAGUUCAAAAGCACGUCAAAGUGCAAGUAGAUAAAUAGGUACUGCUCUGGCGGGAAGGUAAACGGCGUUUCCAUGUGCUGCUCUGGCUCGCCAGAAGUGGCUUAGUCAUGCUGGCCACAUGACCCGGAAGCUGUACGCCGGCUCCCUUGGCCAAUAAAGCGAGAUGAGCGCCGCAACCCCAGAGUCGGUCACGACUGGACCUAAUGGUCAGGGGUCCCUUUACCUUUACCUUUACUUAUGAGGCACUCUUAUUCUAAAUAGCUUCAUUUGUGUGUUUAUGUGGCUGAUUCCAAUGGAACUCUUAAGAUCACUGAUAAUGGAAGUCGCCUAUCAUUAGAAUUCUCGACUUGUCCUAUGGACAAUAUAACUACUUGCAACAUUCUUCAAAUUUCAUGGGCAUAGAUAGGAAAAGGUUUGUCCUCCAAGUCCAAGUCCCUGGGUCUAGUAGCAGUUUUUGCCCUUUACAUCGGAUUGCAACCUUCUUUCUUUGUCUCCUAGCAGACUGACAUUUGAGACCCUAUUUCAGGUGCCUCCCCCCUAAAAGAAUCAGAAGUUGGUUGGUGUGGCAACCAGGGAUAAGGCCUUUUUUUGUGGUGGCACCCAGUUUAUAUAAUUCCCUAUCCAGAAAGCUUUGCCUGCUGCUCACUGGAGUUUUUGGCACCAGGCCAAAGUGAUUUUAUUCAUCCAGACUGAAAGAAUAAUGCAAUGCUAUGUUGCUGCUCUUUUCAUUUAUUUUCAUUUGCUGUUUUAUACUGCUGCUUAGAUUUAUUUUAUUGGUUUGUUGCUACUUUGGUCAUGUGGAUUUUCGUGUGGUUGGUUAUGAUUUUGAAAGGUUUUUUUAAUUGUUAUUUGGUUCUAAAACAUUUUGUAAAUCGACUGGAUUACAAGAAAGGAUAUAAAUGUUCAAUGUGUAUAUAUGCAUAGUACUCAAAAGGGGUUUUAGAUAAUUAACACCAACUUUUCUGCAUAGCACCACUCUGUGCAUUGUUUUAUGGUUGUGCCAUGGGACAAUGCAUGGUAUCAGAACUCUAUCUCCCUAUAUGCUAUUAUCCAGUUAUUUUAUGCUCUACUCCCACAGGGACUGAUACUGGUUUGGGAAUGUUCUGUGUAUAUGCAGUGGGCACAAGCAUUUCCUGACACUGAAGAGAACAGAAUAUCCCCUGUACACACUGAGCUCCGUAUGUGUGCCAGAUUUUUUUGUGGGUUUUUUUGUGGAGUUUUGGAUUGUGGCCAUGAUAUAAUCCAGCCUUCACAAUCUUUCCUAGAAGGCAAUUGCAACAUUUUAGAAGGUAAUUGCAACAUUUCCUAAAAGUCAAUUACAACAACAAUCUGCUUACCAAUCUUAUCGUUUAUAAUAUGCCAUCUAAAAGUCUGUUCAUGGUGUGUGUUUUUUAAGAUGCACAAUUUGUAAACACACUCUCUCUGGUGAAUAAACACUAGCCAUUUUAUUCAGAAAUAAGUUCAAUCAGAUAUCUGCCAUUGUAUGUGUGCAUAUUACUGCAGCCUUGGUUCCCAAUGCAGUGAUUUUUGCUGCAACUUUUCCACACAGGACACUUUGAGGACUGGAUCAGAUAUUUCAAUGCUGUAUAUACUAAAGGAGCACAAAAUAAAUAUAUCCAGGACAGCUAACUUGGAAUUUUAAGGCUUCCCUAGAUCACCAGAGCUGUUUGCAGGCCUUUCUGCACCAGACAGUUUAUGAGUCUAAGGAACAGCUCACAGCAUUCUGCUUACAAGUGCUGGCUCCCACUGCAUGAUGAACAUCAUUUCAGCUGUCCCAAGGUGUACAGAAAAAUCAGUUUGAACUGUGCUGCAUGUGGCUAUUGCCAGCAGCAAUUGUAGCAGCACCAUUUCCAGCUGCUGCAAUCACUGGAAAAGUUGCUGACAGUUGCUGGCUGUAUCUGUGUCUAGUUUGGUUCACGCUGAUGUUUCUCCAUGCUGUUAUAUACCCAGUGAUAGUUGGAAGGGAUUGAGUGGAAUGAGGGGAAGCAGACAUAUAGAUGCAUGUGCGGACUGGUCCUUUGACUUUGCUGCUGAACCAUGAUGUUUGACAGUGCCCAACAACUAGUAAAUGGAGAGAUUUAAUUCUGAGCCUGCUGUGUGUCGAAACACAUUUUAAUAAACCACUGCAGUUUUUAACGAGAUGUAACUGGGGCAGAGCUCAUAAGAAAUGGGAAAGCGUAAUUAAUAUGCCAGAGCAGACUCAUGGUAAGGUGUCUUCCAAGAUACAAACAGAAGACCACGUUAAUCCAGUUAUGUAAAUGUCUCCAAGUGGAAUAGUUAGAAGGAAAUAAUUUAUUUUCAACGACUCUGUGCAGAAUCCUCAGGCUAUCUUACCGGGGCCCAAGGAGGGGUGUGGGGAAUACUUAAGAGGCAUGAGUAGGCCUGCUAGCAACCCUAUCUUCCACUUCAGCAUUGAGAAGGGAUAGCUCCAGUAUACAGAAUGGAUACGACUUGCAAGUAGACCACUCCUACUGACAUCAAAUAUAUAACUUGAUAUUCCAGAUUUCUAACUUCUAAACUAGUAAACACAGUUGCUGGAAUGAACUCUCUUUAUCCAAAUGUAAGUGGUGAUGACAGGCAGUGAAGGAGACAAUGGGCAAGUCUCCUUGUCUCACUCCCCAAACUUUUAAUUUAAAACCUUUAAUCAGGAUCUUGGCUGCUAUGGAGGGAUACAUUAAUCUUACCUAAGUAAUGAAUUUUGGUUCGAGUCCCAUCAGAGCAUAAACAGGAAAGAUAAAUGAAUUGAAGCCAAGCAAAUACUUUUUUUGGCAUCUAGAUCUAUUUCUGCAGAAGUAUUAUCUAAAUUAGAAGAGUGAAGUGCAUUUAAUAAUAUUAGAAUGUUUUCAUUUGCUUGGUGAUUCUGCGUGCUUCAUAACCUGUGCUUAAUUCCAUAGAAAAAUACUGUGUUGAAGGAUGAAAUAAGGGACUGCUUCUGUUUGCUUUAGGAUAGCCACUGAAAGUUAUUAAAAAGGCCCUUAUAUUCUUUACAGUAGAUUGCAGGAUUUACCAAAGAACAUUUGCUUAGGUUCUCUGUCAUUUUACAUGAGAUGUCAUAUUUAACCAGAGCUGGAGCAUAAAGAAGGCUGAUCGCCGAAGAAUUGAUGCUUUUGAAUUAUGGUGCUGGAGGAGACUCUUGAGAGUCCCAUGGACUGCAAGAAGACCAAACGUAUCCAUUCUUAAGGAAAUCAGCCCUGAGUGCUCACUGGAAGGACAGACCGUGAAGCUGAGGCUCCAAUACUUUGGCCACCUCAUGAGAAGAGAAGACUCCCUGGAAAAGACCCUGAUGUUGGGAAAGAUGGAGGGCACAAGGAGAAGGGGACGACAGAGGAUGAGAUGGUUGGAUGAUGUUCUUGAAGCUACCAGCUGCGGGAGGCAAUGGAGGACAGAAGUGCCUGGCGUGCUCUGGUCCAUGGGGUCACAAAGAGUCGGACACGACUAAACGGCUAAACAACAACAUAAGGCCGAGCUGCCAACUUUAUUUUACUCAAAAGUGGCUAUGCCUUUUACUGCUAGAAAGCAGGUAGGUUUCAGCAGCUAAAGCUCAGUUGGCAAGAAUACAGAUGUGUUUGUUAUUCAGUGAUCUGUUUAUUUUCUAUAUUUUCACGAGCCCAGCAGAAUCUGCAGCAUCUCACAAGAUACAUUCCCUUGGGGAAGGGCUGGAGCUUAGUGGUAGGACAUCUGCUUUGAAUGCAUAAAAGUUCCAUUUUCAAUCCUCCUUGUCUCCAGGUAGGUCUGACUCUGUAUCAAAUAGCUUCCUUCUCCUACUAAGAGCACAUGGACCAAUCACAUCCAUGCUCCUUAAUCUACUCUCCUUUCUGGUCUCUUGAGUGCUAGAGUUCAACCACUCAUGGAUGCCUAAUACUGGCACGUACUAUCACCAGCCAUCUUAUCUGCCUUUCAAAGUGCUAUCUGCCUUUCUGCAUCUGUUAAAGAGGCAAAGGCCUUUACCAGGGAGGUGAAAUCCUUCCACACCACAUAUAACAAACGUCUCCUAUGUUACAGUUCCACCUGGAACCCUAGACCCAAGCACACUUACCUAGAUAUAUUUCCCACUGUGUUCAAUGGAGAGGAGGGACUGUUGGGAUCAGUGGCGUAGCAUGGCAGGUCUGGGAGGAUCAUUGCCCUGGGGACAUUUUUUUGAGGGACGCAACCAGGCGCCUCACUACAUUUCCCAUAUUGCAGCAGCAGCUGCUCCUUGUAUUUAGGGCCGUUUCUGGGCCCGCCAAGAGGGAGAGGGAGGGCUCAGCCACCAGCCAGUGACAGCUUGACCCCCGGGUCAAAUCUGACAAGGGGACAGAAGCAUUGGAGAGGCAGGGGCAGUGCCGCUCUCUGAUGCAGCAAUCGUCUGCAGCUCUGGGGCAGAAGCAUCAGAGAGGUGGAGGCAGCGCCCCCUCCCACACUAUUGGGGACACAACUCCCCUGGUUGGGAAAAUGGCAUGGCAGUUCUAAUCUGUAUCAGAGAAUAGGUGUUAUUAUCAGAUAAUAGGUGUUAUAAUAGCUGUGCAUGUAUGUGACAGCACAUUUAACGUACAGUGGUACCUCGGGUUACAGACGCUUCAGAUUACAGACGCUUCAGGUUACAGACUCCACUAACCCAGAAAUAGUACCUCGGGUUAAGAACUUUGCUUCAGGAUGAGAACAGAAAUCGUGCUCCGGCGGUGCGGUGGCAGCAGGAAGCCCCAUUAGCUAAAGUACCUCAGGUUAAGAACAGUUUCAGGUUAAGAACAGACCUCCAGAACGAAUUAUCUGAGUUACCACUGUACUUUGGCCCUCAUACUAAUUUCAGCCUAGUUUAGGACCUGUUUUUAAUAUCAGGACUUACUGUGUCUACUCAGAUGUUAAGUCCUAUUGAACUCAGUGAGGCUUUCACCCAGGAAAGUGGAAUUAGGACUGCAGCUUUAGCCCUGGAACAUAGGGGUGUCUUUGAGCAUGUGCAUAGUGCCUCUCCCUCAUGACUACCGUAUAUAAUUUCAGGCAAUCCCCAAACCCCGUAUCACUAGAGGAAAAGGUUUUCAGAUCAAAAUGUGUUAGGUCCAGGAAGGCUAGAUUCAAAAGCUUCCUUCAUGGGUCCAUACGCUGAAAAAGGCAGUGAGGUGGAUAAUAAAGUCUUUGGUACUCUUUUAUUCAGUGGCCCACUUAAUGUAUGUCCCUUCUUCUUUGUCCCUUCCAUCCUUUGCAUAUCAGAAGCACAUCUUGAAUCCACAUGUUUUGGGCUAUUUCUAACCAUGAGGCUUUCUUUAUGGAUGUGCAUGGUUUUGUUCCUAUCAUCAUCUUCGACUCUCCUUGAUUUAAUUUUUUUUUCUUAGUAGGGGUUGUUGAAUGGCAUGUUUGCAAGUGGUAGUAGAUAGCAUGCUAUGCGAGUUCAAAUCCUUCCUUGGCCAAUUAAACUCUGAGCGCCUCAGUAUAACUUGGCCUCAUGGUUCUGACAAUAAUAAAUGAGAAGACUUUCAAAGCAGUUUUCAACCCUAGCUAUAGCACAAACAGAUCUCUCGCUGGAACAAAUUUGUAAAAACCUAUCUUAGAGUUAUCUAGUAAGCUGAGCUUUUUCAGCACCCAAAUUCCAUGUAAUUCCAACUCAGAACUUGACUCAUUCUUGGUGGGGGUACCCUGGCAUAUAGAUCUUGAAGAAAAAUGGCUAGCUUGUUAGGAUGGUAUUGCAUUCUCACUUAAAAGAGUAGAAAAUUCAAUAUGGUCCACUACUAAAAACAGACUUAGGGGAGUGGAGGUUUUCAGGUUGGUGGCGAAGAGAAAUGUACACAUUUGGGAAGCUGCCCAGGCAUGUGUACACUGGUUGUUAAAGAUGUGUUUACAUCUACACCUUGUUUGUAAGAUGGCCAUGUCUUGGGGAACCACUAGGAUUUUCAACAAUUGUAACGUGUAGGGCUAUCCAAAAUACAGCAGUACCUCGGGUUAAGAACUUAAUUCGUUCUGGAGGUCUGUUCUUAACCUGAAACUGUUCUUAACCUGAAGCACCACUUUAGCUAAUGGGGCCUCCUGCUGCCACUGCACCACUGCUGCACGAUUUCUGUUCUCAUCCUGAAGCAAAGUUCUUAACCCUAGGUAAUAUUUCUGGCUUAGCGGAAACUGUAACCUGAAGUGUAUGUAACCUGAAGUGUAUGUAACCCGAGGUACCACUGUAACAUGCUGUCUUGAGAAUUUUCUGGAACAGAAAACAUGCUAGGGCUUGAAUGCCUAGUGAUGGACAAAGAAAUCAAAGUCCACACACAAAUUGUAUAUGCAUUUAAAGAUGUAUCUUUGGGGCUCUUUUCUCUCAAAAUAUGCUUUCAUGAAGCCUCUCAAAUAUCUUGCAGAUAACUGGGUUCAGAACCGGGGCUUCUGGGAUCCACUGGCACAAGAGCCGCUUGUUUCCAGAGCCUCGGGACCUGUUGCUCUCGGAAGGACGAGGCUGCAGCUCCGCGGAUGGCCGCCUAACCCGCGCGGAAGCGGCAGGGAGCUGGAAGCGACAACAUGAAAGCCUUGCCCUGCUCGGCUCGCCACCCUCCGCCGAUGGUCGCUGACGGAGCUCCAACCCCGCCGCAGGCCGCCCGUCCCAGCCGCGGCUGAGAAUCCUCCUUGGGGGAGGAGAGGGAGAGAAAGAGGGAAGGAGCGAGGGGGGUGGGCAGAAAAAAAGACAAGAGGAAAGAAGCGAGAGAGGCUUGCUUUCUGCAGUCAAGCCAGCGGUGCCUUCCUCGUCGGAGCGGGGGCGGGCAUUUGGAGAGGAUCCCUAACUUGGCCUAGAGAGAGCGCGCGCACGCGUGUGUGUGAGCGAGUGUGUGUGUGUGUAUAUAUGUAUGUUGCAUAUUGGCAGCGGGGUAAGUGGAGGCUGGGUGGCUCCGACUCUCUGACGCCAGUGAGACCAGAUCAAUCCAGGCGCAGCAGCAGAGCGAGCGCACGGCUGCUCGGCGGCAGCGGCGGCGACGCUGGAAGCGGGAGCGGCAAAGGAGGAGAGAAGCGGGGGGGGGGGGGCGGCAAAGGCAAAAAACCCCCAAAAGCAGAGCGGGACUUAGCUCAUCGGCGGCGGGUGGCUCGUUUGCACGCUCUUUUCUGCUCGCCCCACCGAGAGCCGGUAAGAAAAACUCCCUCGCGCUCUCCCCCUUCUCCUUCCUGCCCGGAGUCCUGCCUGCAUCCAGCAACUCCCCUCCACCCCAAGCGGCGGCCUCCUCCUGGUUCGGGGAUCUUUCUGGUUCUCAAAGGACAACGGAGCGUCCCUGCCUCCCUCGGCUGCUUCGCCUUCUCCUUCCUCGCCGCUCUCCUCCUCCGUGCAGCCGAAAGGGCGGCGAGGAGGCAAGAGGGAAGGACUGGAGGCGCGCGCGUCUGGCUCCCUGGGAGGGGAAUGGAAAGGGAAAGAGAGAGAGAGGCUUCGUUCCCAUCAUGAUGGCGGCUGUAGUUAGCCGUGGGGCCGACGGGGGCCGAAGCCGCGGUGGGGUCCCCCCCUUCUUAAAACUUCGUUGUCCUAAAAAGUGUCCCGUCGGGCCAACCUCCCUCCCUCCCUCCCCCCCCAUCCCGAUCUUCCCUUGUUUCCUGAGAGUCUGCAUGGAGACGGUCGGGGUGGCUCUGGGGGCGCGAAGGAGACACGCCAGGAGCGGCUCCCUAUUCCCCUCCGUCCCGAGCCAGGGAGGGAGAAGAAAUGCAGCAGAAGACAAGAGCCCUUGUUCCCCGGCUGCGCGGAGAUUUCCCCCGGCGUCCGGGCCCCUUUUGUGCUCGGAGCCAAGUCGGGGGAAACUUGCCACGGCUUCUUCGCCUGCGCGCCUGAGACGCGACUUCUCUCCCGGGCGGCAGGAUGAGGCCGGAGUUGUGCGGUUCAGGGAAACCAACACAAUAGAUUUACUCUCCUCUCUGUGGCUUUCUAAUGCCUCCCCCCCCCCCCGUGUGAGGGUGAUGUUACUGAGCCAUCUUUCUCAGACUUCAUAGGAGGCAUCUGUGCCCUAGAACUUCCCCUUCUGAAAUGUUAUUUUUCCAGCCUCUAUCGAACCGGGGUGGCAGGGAUGGCUCGGUGAAAUCUGGGGGUGACUUCCUCCCCCGCCCGCCCCCAGUCCGAAAAUAGUUGGCUCAUUAUAUUCUAGCAACCUUUCUGGGAAUUGGUGGGAAGAGAAGUUAUGCCAAAACCGGGGGCAGCAAUUUCUGGCCCUUUGUUAAUAGUUGAUGAAGCUGUGUGUGGGCUGGCUUAGCAGUUCUUCAUACAGGGUAUGAAUAUGAAUGGCUGCUUUAAUUUGAGGAGUGGCUUCAUGUUUCAGGAAACAACUGAUCUUCACUGUAGCGCAUAUAUACACAUAAUGUGUGAGUUACUCCAUGGAGACCAAAAUUAGUACCCAUUUUCCCCCUGUAUAUAUUCCAGCACCAACCACUUAUGACUGAAAGGCUCCUAAGCAGUGCUUAGGAAAAGUGUUUACUGGUGAAAAUUCAUGUUCCCAAAUGGGUCCCAGGGUGCCUUCACAGGUCUAGGAUGGACAAGAUACAUUCUUAAUUAAGUUGACUGUACUGUGUAACUAUAGUUUGCACUUGAAUUAUAGCAAAAACACUUGCAAAAGUUGUGUCUCACUUAAUGGUCUUGCUCUGCAGUUUGUGCAUGUGACUUCUUGUUUGUAUAACUAUUUUGAAACUGGAACUUUACUAUAACUACAAAGAUUCUCUUUCCAAAACAUUUGCUGUUUGGCUGCUGGGAAGUAACAAACAGAUUAUAUUCUUCCAGACUGAUGCUACAUUAUACUUAUUAGAUGCUUAUUUUUCAUUGAAAAAAAUUCUGGAGUGGUAGUUGUGUUUGUCUCUUGCAGCAGAAAUGAUCAGUCUUAUGACACCUUGGAGGCAAACACAUUUAUUAAGCUUCUGUGGACUCAUAAGCUUUUGUGAACUCAGGCCCACUUUGUCAGAUGGGCUUUGAGUCCAUAAAAACAUGGGCCAUAAUAAAUUGGUUUGCCACAAGACAAGAUUAACUCUCAUUGUGUGCAUUACACCCAGAAACAGAUUGAAGAUCACUGCUGAGGAAGGACUGAGAGACAACUCCGUUCUGCUGUCUGUUUUAAAAAGGUUCUGGAAAUGCUUAUCCUACUUGCUAACUGUAAUACUUGGACCUUCUGUUUUCAAGGCACAAACAGGGUCUCCAAAAACUCACAGCCUUGCAGUGCUUCCUAGUCACCUCCCCGGAUAAGAUCACUUCAGUUCAAGGCCAGAUCAGGUUACAAGGAUAGUGAUUUGUCCUUGCUUUAAUUAUGACCCCUUCGCUCCCCAAAAUGUAAUCAAAUACAGUUCUGUUCUGCAUUGUCCCUCUCUCUAGUUGUGGUUUUUAGUGUAUAUCCUUGACGAUCUGAUGACUCAAAAACACUUCUGAGCAGUGUUGAGAGAGGUGAAGGCAAUAUAGAUUCUAGAUAAUAGCGCUGAUGGCGAAAAACUCUUACGGCUGCAGUCGCACGUUUUAAAGUUCCGCAGGAGAAAGAUAGGGAAAAUAUUAAGACACCUUUGUUUCUUGUUCGGCCUUUCCCCAUCCCUUCAGUUAAUGCACAUCUGCCACCAUUCACAAAUUAUGGCUUUCCUGUUUCAAAUGUCACUGCAGCCCUUGGCGCUGGAGUGGGAGAAAACAUAUCGCCACCUGCUUAUACCAGAUGCUAUCCUAUACUGCCCUGUGAAUAGACGGAUGCAAUCCCACAAGCAUCAUUUGUCCCAUAUCACUGCACCAUCAUUUCCUCCCUCUGUAUUCUUGUAAAACUGACAGGGACAGGAGGAAAGCCGUGUCUUUUCACCACCCUCUUAUGCUUAUACAUACCCCUCCUGAAGAUAAACACAUACACAAACCCAUUCUCCCUCCCUUGUUUUAGGACAUUAGUAGCAAGGAUAGCAGAGAAAGAGGGUGGGUGUUAAUUCUCCCUCCCCCCAGUGUUGUGGAACUGACAGUGUGGCUUUCCCCUUGUUUCUGUAUGGGAAGGAGAGAUUAAAAAUGGAAAAGCCAUUCCCUAAAAUGUAUUCAACUUUAAAGGAUAGUGGUAGGUGGAGGAAGAACGUAUAUGUUCACAGGUGACAACAAAUUGAAAUUGUGAUUGUAAAUCUAUGUUGCUGCAAAAAUUAAUAGAUUUUAAAUAUGCUUUUAAAAACACAUUUCUUCCUUUCACACUUGCAUGCUGCUGCAUAGCAGACAGAGAGAAGCUCAAAAGAGCUUUUAUGUGUAAAGUCUGGUUUGUUCUGAGAAUGAAAGCAUGAACCUAAAGUGGCAGUGAUUAUUUCCAAACAAAUUUCUCACAGCAAUCCACCUUAAUGUAUGUAAACAGAAGGAAAGAUCAGCUUAGGGAGUAGGUAAACUUGAAUUAAGCUGUGCUGGCAAUGCAGCAGUCAGUACUGUCAAGUGUAAGUGGUAUCUCUUGGUGUGUAAUCCUGCAAGGCUAAUGGACGCAUCAUCUAGGCUUUAUAAAUAAUGUAAGCUGUGUAUAAUGUGGACUCCCUAGAGACUGCAGAGAGCAUCAUUACUAGCCUUUCCAACCUGCUGUAGAUCUCAAAUUGACUUACAGCAGUGAAAUGCAAAAUGAUACAUCAGGGUGAAAUGAGGGGGGUCAGCCUGUGAGCUUGUUAGUUCAGUCAUCAUAAUUAAAUAUAUUAUGAAAGCAAGUGUUGGAACUCCAACACCCAUAUUCUUCUUUUGUGAGUAAUACAGAGGUGAAUAUUUAGAAGUAAAUAAUUGAGAGCCCUGUUGUCUUUGCAAGUAUGUUCUCAUAAAACUUAAAUUGGUAAGGGAGCUUAUUGAAGAACAGACUACCACAGGGAAACCCCGCCCCCCACAUGCUAACUAAACAAUGUAAAGUAAAAAAUAAACAAGAAAUAUUCUAAAUUAAAUUGAAAGCUGGCUUGUCCUGAUACACCGCUUUGCAGCAGGCCACCAGAUUAUCAUUGCCAUUUGGCAUUAUGUCUUUGUACUGAGAGUCCAGCUAAAAAUCGCCAUUCACCCCAGUUUAACUCUCAAGAGUUGUAUAGCAGAAAUUCUGCUUGGGGGCAUGGGUGGGAUACAGAUGUGAGGAGGCUAAUGAAAGCUGCUUUGUCUGCAAGCAAACACUUUGCAGUUAAUCCAGAUUGUGAAUGCAGCAAGCUCCCUGGCAGUCAUGGUGCUGCAGAAACUACAGAUCCUGCUUUUGAGUAUCAGAUAACAAUAAGAAAAAAGUAAAUUGCAUGUGCUGUACUUUUGUAUGCAAGCUGCAGUCCUUGGCACUGUUAGGAUCUUGGAUCCAACAGACCAACUGGGCUUGCUUUUGUGCUGAACAAACAAGACUUGGGUCACUACAACAGUGUUGGCCACUACAAAUCAACUUAUUAUUGGAGCUGGAAAAUAGAAGGUUUGAUUGGUAGAAAGUUUUUGGAAUGUUCAGGGCCCAUAAAUACACUUGAAUUGGGGCGAGGGACAAUGCGCCUUUCAGCUUGGACUGGUGCAGGAAAUGAUUUUGCUGAAUAGUGUGUGAAAAUACCUUCUUCCAGUAGCCCUGUUUCUGGUAGGUGCAUGCCCAAUCAUGCUUCCAGAUCAAACAGUUAUGAGAUUGGAAGGAAAGAAAAUGCUCUUGGAACAACAGUCUUUCCAAAAUACACUGCCAUCCAUCUAGCUAUGGUAUCCAAGCCAUACUGUGCAACAAAACAAUGACUGUUUUUCAGAGCAAAAUGUCUUGGGGCUGUAGGGGUGAAGAUGAAGAUUUGGGUAAAUGUUAGCAUAUGGAAUUUUGGCAAAUAAAGGAAUAAUAGUACCUCCAAAUUUCCAUGAAAAAAAAUUCAGCUGAAAAAUAGAAGACAGUAUUUUAGUAUUGUUUGUCUAAAAGUAAGCAUUCAAUCUGUUUAGGAAAGAACUGAGAUACAAAUCUUAAUGCAGCUUUCUGCAAAUCCUGGUUAUAUUCCUGUAUACGGAUAGUGUUUAUGGAGAUGGGUAACAAAUCAUAUAAGAGACCACUGAAUCUCAAAACUACUAAUUGCACUGGCUGCACAGUAACUUUGUGACUUGAACAUGGUGUGAACCUGUUCAAUUCAAGCUUCCUAGCAUCUCCUUGGUGACUUGCUCAAGGCUUAAACAGCUUUGAUUUUCAUGUAUGAAAGUGGCAAAUUGGGUUUCAUACAGACAUAUCUCAAGUCAGACACUGGCACAGUUUUCUCUCCUGUGGUGUGAGUCUGGCUUUCAACUGAAAAGAACAGAUUUUGUUCUAGUCCCAAUCCUGACCUGGUCCUUGUUUCACUGUUCUUCCCAUCCACAUUCCCAGUUCACAUGUUUUAUCUGGCUUUCAGGGGUGGGGGAAAAUUGAAUUCUUAAUGCAUAAAUACAGUUGGCACCUUUAUAUUUAAGGAGAAAGUUAAAAUUGGUUGAAAAUCUAAUCCAGGGGGAGGCUUCUUGGUCUCAUCACCAGCCUCAGCCAAUUGGUGCUGCUGAAUUCUGCUACAAACUGGAAAAUGUUAUUUCCUCAAGAGUUGCAUUCUGCUGAACAAAAAGACUGUACAGAUGACAUUCUUAUGCAUUCAGAAAAUAGCCAGGGUAGUUUUACUUGGGGAUACUGUGUGUUAGUGCUUCAAAUAAGAUAUUGGAUGUGGGUUUUUUUGUACCACCUGGUGCAAUAUGAGUUAGAUGCGACUUCAUCCAAAACCAGGGAUAUAAAAUGAAAUCCAGUUAAGAAGGGAGGAAGUGAUGGUUGGCAAGUCCUGUGAACUGAGUAGCGAGAGAGAGGGGAAGUGUUGUGGGUUUUCUGGGAAACCUUGAAUUUGGAAACUUCAUGGAAAAUUUCCGGCUGCCCUAAAUCAAUUAAAAUUUUGUUUUAACAUAUUUGUUUUGUUUUAGGUCUGUUUACUAAAUAUGUACCAUGUUAAAUUUCACAUGUUGUAUAAAUUAUCUCAUUCCACCCCCCUCCAAAAAAGCAGCUGAAAGCUGAACAAAAACAUUUGAUAUGGGUGGGUGGGGGAUCAAUAAGCAAAACUGUCCUAAGCCCCUGAUAUAUAUAUAUAUAUAUAUAUAUAUAUAUAUAUAUAUAUUAAUUAUUAAGGUGAUUUCAGUUAAAAGAAAUAAAGUGAUACUGAAAAAAAGAAGGAAAAGUGAGAGGGAGAAAAACAACAAAGAUAAAAGCAAAAAUAUGCAAAAAAAGAGAGAGCAAUAUGUGAUAUUCCCAUACAUUCUUGUAUAAAUUGGUAUAGUAUUGUUGUCCUAGUGCUUAUGUAAAUUUUAAUAGCCUACUACAUUUUGUAUAAACUCAUUCCAAAUGUUACUCUAUUUAUCCAUACAGAGUCUGUGCCUGUAAGCAGUAAGAAUUUUAGGCAGUUGAGUAUCUAUCAUUAGCAGUCUUUCAGCUGCCAGUAACAAACGUAGUCCCCACCCCAAAAGGGGCAUUAUGAGGGCAGGGUGGGGAUAGAGCAGAGGCAGCCAUUGAUCUGCUGGAUCCAGAGCUGUUUCAUCCCUUUGAGUGGGGCCCAAUCUGGGACUUUCAGUUCUACAAGCCUGGAACUGGUUCAGCAAAAACAUUUCUCCCCCCCCCCCCUUUUGUCCUGGCCAGUAUGAUUCACCUGUGCUAGGAUUGCUCUGCCUGCCUGGCUUAAACAUUUAAAUUGGGAUAUUUGGAUAUUAGUUUUAUUGGAAUAUUAAGCUAUGGCUACUCAAUUGCAUACAGUUCUUUACAUUAUUUACAUUUUAAGGUAAAGACAAUGGUUGAUAUACUGAUUUUGUUAGUAACCUGUGUCUCCGGUUAUAGUCACCUGAAAAGUGAUAUUACAACUCUGAUUUUAGUCUUGACUGGUAUCGUUUCCAUUCCAGCUGCCCUGUUGUGUUGUGUUCAUUCAUUGUGUUACCAAUUUUAUGAAAUAAAAGACUUUGUAGAAAACAUACAUACAUGCCAUACAUCACUAGUCAUGGUGGUAUAAUGUUCAUUUUCCUUGAAUACUGUAAAAUUUUGGAGUGGUCUUAGAUCCAUUGAGGCUUCUGUUUUGAAAGCCCAGGGAGGAGUCCUUUUCAGUACAGAUGUUGCGAAGGCUCCAACCAUUUUGUUCCCCCAAACUCUGUCCCAGUAACUGGCACGAAAUGAGACUAGACUAGACUAGAAAUGUGUGUUCUGCUUAGAAUGCCUGUUAAAGACUCAAUGGCUUGAAUUGGUACCAAGCAGAUACCACCAGCUUCUGUUGGUGAAUUGCAGAUACCACCAGUGUCUGCAGCCGUAUCUCCUGUUGUGUUUCAAAGCCUGCACCUUUCAUUUUGUUUGAAUAUUUAUAAACCAGGGCUGUCACCCAGACAAAGAAAUCUUUGUUGGGUGGUUGAGCUUUAAACAUGAAUAUGAAUGAGAACAAUAGUUCUGGAUCCUAUUCUGUUGUUUUUAGAUGCAGUGUGUAAGAAAUGAUGGAACUCUUCAGAUGGCAGUUGUUGUUGUUGUAUUGUAAAAAUGUGCCUGAGUAAUCUGACACACCUCCUUAGUAGAUUUGAGUGAUUGGUGUGGUGAUCAGUCUUUAAUCAAAUGUUGUCAAUGUUGUAGAGUUGCUUAGACAAGGAUGAGGAAGCCCAAGUUUGAAUCCCAACUUGGCCAUGACCUUGGGCCAGCCACCACCACUUGGCUGAACCUACCUUUCAGGAUUCUUCUGAGGAUAAAAUAGGGUGGGGUAGCAAAAUCAUUCACAACAUGAAGAAAGGAUGGGAAGAAAAACAAAAAAAUGAAACAAUGCAGUUCUAUUUUAAAACAUUAAAUUACUUGAGCACGACAUAUGUUAUAUUUCAUCCUCCCCGAUAUUCCCUUGUGAUUUCUCAGAGCAGAGGAAACUGAAUCUUGCAACCAUAUGACAGGUUUAGAUGGAAGAGUGAAUAGUAUGGCGGUCUUGAUGGCUGUUGGACAGCUGUGAACUUUUUCUACCUGGAGAUGUUUAAGGCAGGCCUGGCCUUGGUGCUCAUUGUUACGCAUUUAAGGAUGUGGGCUUUAUUGUAUCUUGCGUAAUACAACUGUAGCCCGUCCUAAUCCUUCGAGAUAGAAAUUAAAAGCCCCUGUUUUAAAAGUUGAUAAUACUUCUAAGGUGGUAGACUUUGAAGAUCUCAUUUAUAACUUAUUUAUAACUUUGAGCACCUUUUGUGGUUAAACCAGCUGAAAGCUUCAGGAGUACAGUAUAAGCUUUCUUUGGUGUGUAAAAAUUUCACAAAAGGCCAAAUAUUUAAAAUGGCUUUCUCAGAAUGUGUAACUUGAACUGUCAGCUGUCAUGACAACUUUUACGAUUGAGGCAUACUAGGGUAGCUUAGUAAAACUAAAGGUUGUCUUAAAUGUGUAAUUGGGAUGAACGUUAUCUGAGUUGAAUUUUUUUCUAUGAUCAAAUGUUACGCAGUAUUUCAGAAUAAAUAGAUUUGUGUACAAUUAGGUUACUACAAUGUUAGUUUUUUUUUUAAAAAAAAAUGACUCUUCCCCUGUGUUAUUUCACAUCUUCUCUCUGGUAUUUAAACAGAUUGAGUUGUGCUGCAUAUGUUCACAUGCUUAACUUUCACCCUGUUGCAAAACUUGUAUUUAAUGCAGUUCCCUGGGGGUCAGGGAGAAACUCCAGUUAGGUAGUCAAUUUGCAUGAACUAGUAAUAAAUUCAGCAUAAGUGUACAUGCCCAAACAUAGCCUUUAUAAAUCAGAUAUACUGUAGUACACUACUUAAAGCAAAAGGCAGCUGCAUGUUCAUGAAAGAAAAUUGGGGAAGAGGCAGUUUCUAUCAAAUAUCUUAGACAAGUGUUUUCACUUCUGUUUAUAAGUUUCUCACACUAGCAGUCUAUGAGGAAACUUGGUAUAUUCCUAGAUCUGCAAGAGUUCCAAAUCUAAGUUGGAUGACUUGUAUUGCAAAUUUGAUUAAUGAGGAGAAUCUGCAAGUUACAGCUUGUUUCAUUUUCUGUGUUCAGCGAAAGAAAACUCUUAGGCUUCCAAAAUGCAACUCUAUUCCUUGGUUUAAGUGAACAUGGUUUAGGGUAGAGAAAUCUGGGUUGUACAUGCCAGUGGGCAUCUCACAAACUCUGCAUGGAAAGAAUUCUGAUCUAGAGACUCCCCAAGUCAAAUAACUGCAUGCUUUCCAUCCCCUCUUGAAGAAACUGCAAAGUAAAAUGGUGUUCUAUUAUGGAAUUAACUAUAUAAAAUUUCUACACAUUUCUGACUAAGUAUACAGACAUGUCCCGCCUUACGAACACAACGCAUUCUCUGGAAAUCUUUUGUUAGACGAGCAUGUGUAUAACGAGUCCAUUAUCCCCAUUAUUUCCUACGGAAAUAUUUCUAAUGUGGGAUUUGUCUGCUCUUUCCUCACUCUCUCCAUGGUUUCUUCCUGAAAUGGCUGUAGCCGAAGGAGGAAACUGAUUUGUCCAAUCUCCCUCCCUCCCUGCCUCUCUCCAUGGUUUUUGCCCCAAAAUGGCUGCUGCCAAGCAGCAAACCACAAGGAAGCCAGGAAAUUGGCUCUUCAGAUAAAUGAAUCUGUGGGGCAUAUAGCAAGGUUUCAGCAUAAUUCUUUUUGUGUAGAUAAGUGAAUUUUCAGAGAGCGAGUGAUAGCGGGACUUGCGUGUAUAUUCAAAAGAUGCAGCUUCUUCUGAUAUAUAGGCAUAUGUAGUGCAUAUUUCGGGGCAAAAUUGAGCGUGGUACCUAUUUGUACAUUGUUUGGCUAAUAUGCUUUUACGGGCUUUGGAGGUCCUGCUAUCAAACACAACUUCACACUUUGUAAAAAGCUUAUUUUUGGAGGUUGCCAAAGGAACAUGUAAUGAGAGCUGAACUUGAAUAGCUCGAAAACAUAUGUAGCUGAACAAUGCAUUUUGAGGGGUUCAAAACACAGCCAGUAUAGAAUUAAACUUAAGCCUGUCCUCCUAACCCAUUAGCUGACAUCACUUGUCCAUGGUAAGCAUGGUUUGGGGAAAUUUGGUCUUGGGUCACAUUGGACCCCCUAGUGGUCCACAAUUGGUCUGCAGUGUGGAAGUUUCCUACCCUUGGUUUAUGGUUUACAAUUUUGGCUCCACCCUGUCCAGUAGAUGAAACCAGGAGCCUUGGCUCAGUGUUAUGUGAGAACCAGUGCUCGUGCUUUCUUUCUUGUGAAGAAAUCACAAGCUGCUGGUGGCUUGUUUGGGAAAAACAAACCAUGAACGCAGGUUCACUUCCUGUGAUGUACGAAGCAGCCCAAUGUACAGUAUUCAUCAGUAUUGCCAAGUCCCUAUUCUGGGUUUCUAAAGACAGCAGUUGUAGCUUCAGUUCUUGGUGCAUUUAGUUGACGAAGUGUCACCUAUUGUAUCCAGGGUUUUUGCAUCUCUCUGUAUGGUUACCUUUUGGAAUUUGGCUUAGCUUUAUUUAAAGUAAGGAACAUAACAUGACAGAGGAAAGGUGGUAUUUGAUCAAGUCUUACUCAGAGUAGACCCACUGAAAUAAAUGGACCUACACCUUGUUUAUUAAUUUCCAUGAGCCUAUGACUAAAACUUAACUGAAUACCACUCUUCCCUUUUUUUUGGUACUGAAUAGAUAUUGGAGUAUUUUCACGUGUCAAGACAACAGACACCAGUUGAACACAUUGUUUUGAUUAAAAAGUGGAUUCUGUGCCUUCAUUUUAAGUACAAUGCAGAGCUUUUAAAAGGCAAGUGGAUUUCUAAUUUGGAACAGUGAACUCUCAAUUGCUUAAGGGAUUCAGGUAUUAAUAAAUCUGCAGCAGAUCUAGGCUCUUCAGCCCAUUCAACUAUGAAAUCCUCUGUAAGUGACUAUUUCCUAAGGUAGUGAGAUCUCUCCUGUCAGACUGGUCACGUACUCCUUGAGGAGGAAAAAAUCCGUAGUGCAUAGCUGCCGUGGGAGGGGAAAGGAAUGAAGGACACCCCUUUUGAGAGACACUGCUUGGGCAGGAAUGCUCAGGUAAAUUUUUCCCCUGUUUUUGCCAGCAGAUUUGUGCUGUAAGGAAAGACAAACACCUUGACAGAUAUGCUUCUGCCAGGAAUGGCUGACUAACUCCAGCUGGCCUCCUCACGGGGCAUGCCUGAGCCACACCAAAGCAGCAGCUGUGUGCCAUAUAAGGAGCCUCCAUGCGGUGCAUACCAAAGAGAUCUUGCCUUUCUGUGAGGAAAGUCGAUGACUUUUGACCACAUGUAGGAACGAAGCAAAACCUGCUUCUAUAAUAUAAAUGCAAAACAUCCCCAAAUGCGUUUGAGUUGCCAAAGCGCUUUCUACCACAUUUGUGAAGUUGAUCCCAAAGAGCUCUCUUUCUUGUCAGAACUUCAUUAGUGGCAAAGCAGUUCCCCCUUCUCUCAGUUGUCUCCACCCCACCCCCCACCCCCCGCUUCGUUCACCUGUGAGAAAAGCCCCACCUUUUUUGUCCUUCUAACCAUAAGGGGAAAUGACUUUGCUAUUGAUAAAGGAAUAAAAUCCCCUGCCCUUCCUAAAGGAGGAAUUCAACAAUUGGGGAGAGUGGCAUGAGACCAUGUGUUGGUUUGUAAAAGGAUAUGGCUUGUAAAGAUGUUUCCUUUGAUGCCUGUGUGAUGAAUAUGGAUGUAUUUCCGUUGCAGAAGGUCCUGAUGAAAUUAUGCAAUUACAGCUGACCAGGCAGAUCUAAAUAUAGGCAGAAACGUCUGGUAUCCUGCUUUUGUGUAUCUUAACACACCCACGCAGUGUGUGUAAAACUGCCGUUAAAAAAACAGGUGUUUGUAACAGUCGCAGUUGGGAGUGGUGAUGGAUCUUUGUGGAAAGGCAAAAGCACUGUGGAAGCUUACAGCACUCUGUUCUUGAAAAAGUACCGUAAUUGUUUGUGCUGCCUUUCCACCAGUGUGCUGAAAUUCAUAGAUAUUUCUCACGAAUGCAAGGUGUGCAUGUACCUAUGGCUCUUUGUGCAACCCUCUGCAGGUGCUUGGGUGAGAGGAUGUAGUCUUCAUGCCACAGCUGGCAAAACUAUUACAGAUCGGUUCCCCCUAUUCCUCAUCUGGCAUAGAAAUGCUGGCUAGGUAAAGGUAAAGGGACCUCUGACCAUUAGGUCCAGUCGCAGAUGACUCUGGGGUUGCAGCGUUCAUCUCGCUUCACUGGCCGAGGGAGCCGGCGUACAGCUUCUGGGUCAUGUGGCCAGCAUGACUAAGCCGCUUCUGGUGAACCAGAACAGCGCACAGAAACGCCGUUUACCUUCCCGCUGGAGCAGUACCUAUUUAUCUACUUGCACUUUGACAUGCUUUUGAACUGCUAGGUUGGCAGUAGCAGGGACCGAGCAAUGGGAGCUUACCCCAUUGUGGGGAUUCGAACCGCCGACCUUCUGAUCGAAAAGCCCAAGAGGCUCUGUGGUUUAGACCACAGUGCCACCCACAUGCUGGCUACUAGUCUCUUUAUAGGCUGGUAGAAAAGAAGUCAGCAGGCUGAUCUGAGUCUUGUCCCUGUUUUAUUCUGGAUUGUUUUAUUUGAUUUUUUUUUAAAUGUUGUCAACUGCUUUGAGAUUUUCCCCCUUUAAACUACAAAACUGUAGACAAAUGUAUUUAUUUAUUUAUUUAUUUAUUUCUAAUUUAUUAUUAUUAUUUUCACGAGGGGGAGGAAUAGCGACCAGACAGUCUGUACUGGUGACUGCAACCCAGGUUUAAGGCACCAUUUGGCGAUUAGCUUGUAUAUCUGAGUUUCUAACACGGGGUUAUGGGGGGGAUGAUAGCCAGUUGUGUGGGUGCAUGAGUUGAACUGACUUUCCCUUGCAAUACCUCAGGGGUCAGCAACCUUUUUCAGCCGUGGGCUGGGCCAGACCAUGUGGUGGGCCGGACUAUAUUUUGGAAAAAAAAAUAUGAACAAAUUCCUAUGCCCCACAAAUAACCCAGAGAUGCAUUUUAAAUAAAAGCACACAUUCUACUCAUGUAAAAACACCAGGCAGGCCCCACAAAUAACCCAGAGAUUUAAAUAAAAGGACACAUUCUACUCAUGUAAAAACACACUGAUUCCUGGACCAUCCAUGGGCUGGAUUGAGAAGACGAUUGGGCCACAUCCAGCUCAUGGUCCUUAGGUUGCCGACCCCUGCAAUACCUCAUGUUCCCCUCCCCAUAUCUGUUCUAGAGGAUCCAGACAGAUUUUGAGGAGGAUCAGAAGGGGAAGGUCUGUUUGUCCAACACUGGAUUUCACCCAGGGUCUGAGCGAUAAAUGAUGAUGCAGUAAUCUUGGAGGAUUCCCAUUUCUUUCUGUGUUGGUAGGUGGCUGAUGAUUCUGUCUGGAGGGAGAGAGUUCGGUUAGCAGGGUGCCACAACCAAACAGGUCUUCCCCAGCCAGUCCCACACACCACCACCUCACCUCAGAACAUUGGGGGGGGGGGGGCUUAGAGAAGGGCUUCCAAAUAUUACCUUGGUGCUUGAUGUGGGCGUAGGCUUGAGUUUUAAGCAUCUGGUGUCCAGACAGAAGUAGAGAAAUUGGUCGUUAUAACUUAUGUGCUAAAACUGCUUACACUGAGUUACUUCAUUGUUGUUGCAUGAUAACCAAAGGAUUGAAAUUCAAAUUCCAAAGAGGAAUGGACUCUCUACGUCCCUAAUAUUCAAAGUAGCUGCUUUAUCACACUAGGUAUAAAACAGUGGAUGCUAAUUGGGAUCAGAACCAGGUGAUGACAAAAAUUGGCUCAAGGUAUUUUUUGGGGGAAGGAACUCUACCGGUUUAUGUUGAGUGCCCUGCCUUUUGCACAGACACUUAUAUUCAUGGGCUGGAAAGUUGCUGGGUUGCUGGAAGCACAGAAGCCUAUUUCUCAGAAGGGUACAUUUAUUUGGGAAAGUACAGAGUAGGUGUCAUAUGCAAACUCAUGUUAACUGUUGUUUGUACUUCUGGCUGAUAAGGCCACUUUGUGCUCAGAGUAAUACAGGAAAUGAUGCACUGCAGAAACUAAAAGUGGCAGAAAGGAAAAUGGAAUGUAUUGGCAAAAUCUCAGAAGCAAGGAGGCUUCUUGGAAACUAGAAACUUGGCAGACAUGUGCUUGAAUGUUUAUUUCAAAACACCUAUGUAGCAUCUUUUGUUUAUCUUUUUUAUAUUUGGAUCUCAAAAGCAACAGAAGCCAGAAAGCAUGUAAGUGUGUGUGUAUAAUGAAAGUCAACAAAUUAUCAAGCCAUAGCACUGGGGACGGAAUCACCAUUUAAAAAGAUGCUUUCAGCAGAGGCAGUAGAACUCAGUGAGGUAGCCCACCUUCUUCCAACCAUUAAAGGAUGCUGCGGGGAGGGGUGCUUCAUGUGAUGUGAGCUGGGCAGAAGCAUUGGAUUGGCUGUGCCACCAUGCUGAGCUCUGUAUACCUCUCUCCACCCUGUUGGGAACCAGCUGCAACACUGUGUGUCUAGAAGGCAAGUGAGCAACACUGCCCUGCCUGUGCCAUCCCGCUGACUGGUACACAGAGGUUCACACAGAUUCCUGGUGAAAGAUAGGGGAAGUCCCACAUACACUCAGUUCUGAUAUUCCCCACCCUCCAACACAUUCCUCCCAGCACUGUCCUCAGGGCAGCAGGCUUUAUGUGAUGGUGGGGCAAGGCAGGUUGAAAUCCUCAACCCUUUGAGGGUCAUCGCUGAAUCGAGCACCCUUUCAGGUUGUUCCUCCAAGUGUGCAAACCCGAUUUGGAACGUUCCAGUCUCACCAUAUUUACAAACGCCACGGCAACCAUAUCUGCUAAAAUCCCUUUUGAGAAAUAAUUCUUGAUUUUGUUGGAAGGUGUCUUAAGAACACAACAGUUCUAAGUCAUUUGAAAUGAAUUUAUCCUGUCUCUGCUGGUUUUGUAAGCAGGUGGUUAACUUGAUCAACUUUUUAUUUUAAAGUUUCCAUGUAGUAAAUUUUCUGGUGACUCAGAAAAUGCUGACUUAUUACUUUUGGUGUUCUAACUCGAGUACAGAACACAUCCAAGUACUGUAUUGUUGUAGUCAGCUGACCAGCUGUGUGAAGAUCUCUUAAUUAAUUCCAACUGCUUAAUGACUUUGAAAUCUGAUGCGAAAUGCAUCCUACUCUCUCUAUACUUGGCUAAAUGUGCCACCUUGACUAAUUGUGGUUUCGUGAAGGGGAUGGCAGAAAGCAGUUUUCAUCUCUCAAGAGGAAUUGGUCUUCUUCAUGAGUCAGCUGAAGCAGUGGCUCUUCCUAUGCUAAUUCCUGACAACUUCCCCAUAGUUUGAAUUCUGUCCAGGCAUAAAGUUCUAACAGUGGUCUGUUAGAUUCUGGUAGAGUAUUUGUGCUUCUUCAGAUUGUUUGUAUGAAAGAGAUCUGAUCUUUGCCUUUUCUCACUUUUACCCUUUCGUAGGUGCCUGACUUGCAUUUGGAAUCCCAAAGACUAAAGAAAGAACAUCUGACAAGCUGGAAUGUUAGUUUCAACUUUUCAAGAUCUCUGGGUUAG